GUUAUCAGAAAGUGAAAAUAGGUUUCUGGGUCAGGUACAAAGUUCGCGGUAUGAUAAAUUACAUUAAUAUCAUGGGCAACACGUUUGCGAAAGCAGCGGCAAUUGAUUUUGGAAUUCAAUGGUCACUUUGGGCUAUUGCAAGCUUGCUCAAAACUGAGAAGUUCUACGAUUUGGCAGGUUCAGGAACCUUCCUGUUCCUAGCUUACCAAACACUGCAAUGGGGUCAGACAUACUUCACCCGUCAGAAAGUCACAACAGGCAUGGUGAUGACCUGGGCUGCAAGACUCGGCCUGUUCCUGUUCACUCGAGUUCUGAAAGAUGGCAAGGAUAGCAGGUUUAACAGUGUAAGAGGAAAUCCAGGACGAUUCUGGGUCUACUGGACAAUACAAGGUAUUUGGGUGUUUGUGACCCUCCUCCCAUUGCUCGUUCUCAACAACAAGAAGGAAGACCGUCCACUGACAACCCGAGACUAUGUUGGUUGGGGCAUUUGGACCCUGGGUUUCUUGUUUGAAGCCCUAGCUGACCAUCAGAAGUCUGUUUUCAAGAGCAACCCAGGCAACGCGGGCAAGUUCAUUACAUCUGGGCUGUGGAGCGUAUCUCGUUACCCAAACUAUUUUGGAGAGAUAUGCAUGUGGCUUGGAAUAUUCAUCACAUCAUCCUCGGUUAUGACAACACCAAAAGAGUACGCGUCUGUGAUAUCGCCAUUGUUUGUGUCGUUCCUGCUGCUGCGUGUCAGCGGAAUACCGAUCCAGGAGAAGCAACAGGCCAAGAGAUGGGGAACCGAUCCUAACUUUGUCAACUAUGUCAAGCGGACGGCAAAAUUAAUUCCGUAUAUUUGGUAGAAAACGAAGGACAAUAUGAAACUGUUUAAUGUGAAGAUGUCAAAUUCCGUAUAUUUGGUAGAAAUGUGAACAUCAAUACACUAUGUUUAGUAGAAUUAGAUUGAGUAUUUAUGCUGUGUUUUGAAUUUGUAGUAUUGCAUAUGGGUAUGUUUGUGUUUAAGUUGUAUUGUCAUAUAAAAUUAAGUACGUUUAAAGUGUUGUGAACAAAUUAAGCAAGCGCUUUACUAUUAUACAUUCAGCGCCCAACUUCUAAAAAAUUUAUUCGAAUUUUUACAUAGUGCAAUACGGUACAAAACACACAAGUAAUUCCUGUCUCAGGAAAACAAAUAUUAAUUUCCGUGUGAUUGUAUUACCACCGUAAAUGUAUUUGUUUGGGUUUGUUGGUGCUUGUAAAUCGAAAGGUUUAUAAUGAAUAUGAUGCUAAAAA